AUGCCGCACGUUAGCGGCGGACCUGGAGCGAGAAUCUCACUUACUACACCGGCACGGGGUACCUUGGCGGUUCGAUCGUCGGCGGCGAGGAGGGGACGCUCGAUGGAUCAGGGCGGCCCAGGCCCGCGACUACAUGAAGUUGCGGGUGAACAGGGUUUUGAACUCCGGCGGGCACAGUGGUCGACUAUUGGGCAACACUAUGGGAGUUUUGCGUCUGAUGUUUACCGGGGUCAAGAGCAGCUUGAUUGCAGCGAUCGAUGUGGAUGA